GAUCAUCGGGAAUGAUAAUUCCAUUGGGAAUGGAAUUCGAAGAUUCUGAAGUAACACUACUCGCAGAACAAUUACAACAAAUAACAGUUGCAGCGGAACAUGAAACACCACAGAAUAAACAAGAAAAGAAAUUAAAUCAAAUCUAUAUAGAAGAAGCACAAAGAGAAAUAGAUCAAUUUAGAAAACAAGUAAUUGAAAAGGAUAAUACUAAAAAGAAAGGAAAAGGAAAGGCAAAAAGCCUAAAUAUAACUUUUAACCAACAAGAAAGCAAAGUCAAAUCACCCAAAAUGAGAAUAUUUAUUAAAACACAGUUGUCACAACUAGAUAGGAUCCUACAACUUGAAAAAGAACAAGAAGAUCCAAGAAUCAGAGCGGGAUUAAAACAACUAAAACAACGAUUAGAAAGUAUGGAAACAAAUUAUAAAUACGUUUUCCAAUUAACAAAAGAACAAACUAACGAACACAUCCAGGAAAUUGAGAAAGUCACAAAUAGAAAAAUAUUAGAAGCCGAAACAGCAGAAGACAAAAAAGCUUAUCUAUACAAAACAAUAUCUGCAUUAACAGAAACAAAAGAUGCUAUACUUUGGAAAAAUAGAGAUCUAGUAAAAGAUUUAGAAGAAGAAUAUGGGUAUGCUACCAAUCAAGCAUUAGCCCUAGAUAGAAAAGAUUUCAAAGCCAUGGAAGAAUACGAGCAACGAAUUUUAAUAGAAAGACUUGCUAGGCAAAUGGAAUUAAGCGGAAGCGAACCAUUACGACAACAACUACAAGCAAAAUAUAGAGAAUUAUUGGGAGUAUCAUUAGAAAAUCUAGAUAAAAUGCAUGAUGUAGAAGACGAGGAGGAACAAAUAUUCCAAAAACAAAUACAG